AUGUCCGACCAACAAAACCCCUCCCUCAUCGGCCAGCACGCAAACUACGUCGCCGCCGCCGCCAAAGAAACCGUCGGCUCCGUCACAGGCUCCGAAGACUGGAAGGCGACCGGCGCGCAGGAAAAGCAAGAUGCCAUCGACGGCAUGAAGUCGGCAAGCGAGAACCGCGAUCCCAAUUCUUCCGGGUUUGGGAAGGCGGAGGAGAUGGCAGGCAAGGCGGUGGGAUGCGAGGGCAUGGAGAGCGAGGGGCAGCAGAGUAAGACGUCGCAGUAA